AUGAUAACUACCAAUAGGGAUUUGAUUAGCUCGACAACUGAUUCCGCUGAAUACUCAUAAACCAUUUAGCUGUCUAAAAGAAAAACCACCAACAAAUAAUUUUCCUUAAGUCUCUUUGCCUUAAGAAAAUAGGAACUAUAUAAUAAGAGAAGUUCAUCCUACUAUUCACCCAAUAUCAGCAUUUCCAAGAUUAAACCAGUGAUUGAUUAUCGGUCAAAAUUUAAACAAAACACCAAAAAAUUGAUCAUAAUUCUUAGCUUUUUUGAAUCACUGUCCUAAUAUUCAAAAGAACAACUCAGAUAACGUAUAGAGUAUUUCAAGUUAAAAAAAUAAAACAUCCUACCAUUUUAUCCAGAUCAAUACCUUAUUAUCAAGUGGAAUCAAUUCAUUUAAUUACUACUAUUCUUUUAUGCAAUAGUAUACCCCUUGCAAUUGGCUAAUCAGAUUAAUGUGGAUUAAAUAUUACUGGGAAUCGAUUUCAUCUUUGCAAUUGACAUAAUGAUGAAUUUCAUUACAGCAUAUAUUGAUGAAAAUUAUAAUUUGGUUAAAGAAUUUAAAUUAAUAUUCCUCAACUAUCUCAAAACUUGGAUGAUUUUCGAUCUUAUAUCAUUACCACAAUAUUAAUUACAAAUACAACAAUCAGAACUUCAAAUGUUCAAGCUCUUGAGAUUAAUCAAAUACUUUAUCAAGAAACCACAAAAAAACUAUAAAGGACAGAUCUUUUACACUACCAAUAUCAUUGACUCUUUCUCUUUAGAUAUCAAUUAUUAUCUCUCAGAAGGGUGGAUCUUUUUAAUCAAUGUCAUUCUGAAUGCAUUUCUCCUCAUCCAUAUCUUUGGAUGUAUAUUCCUCUUUCAUGACACCAAUUUCAAUUACAUUACCAGUGUCUAUUGGGCAUCAUAAACCUUGUUUACAGAAGGGUAUGGCGACAUACCCUAGAAUUUCUAAAUAUCAGUUAUCUGGAUUAUAGUAUCAAUCGGAUAUUAUUCAGUAAAAAUUGGUGAUUUUGCUAAAUUAUUGAUGCAAACCAAUCUAUCAAAUGAUGACAACCAAUAUUACUUAUUCGAUCGUCUGGCCUUACAAACCAAGAUGCCAGAUGAUCUAAAGGAUUCAGUCUAAAAAUACAUUAGAACCAAUGCCUAAUACAAUCAAUUUUGGGAUUAGGAAAUCAUCCAAAUGGUUGAUGAAUUCCACAAGCCCAUUCAAACCUAUUUCACUUUGAGUGUAAUGUUGGAUCUAUGCAUUAAAAUUUAAUUCUUUCUGUAAGAUGUCAAUCAUACACAAAAUCUCUUGAAAUCCUGCAAAUUUAUCACUUUCGAGAAAAAUGAAAUUAUCUAUAGGAAAGGAUAAUUCUCGGAUGAAAUCUAUUACUUGAUCAAAGGAGAUGUGAGAAUAGUAUCCAAAAAUAGAUAUAAUAUCCUGACUAUCUUAUAAGGUACUAUCUUUGGAGAAUUUGAAGCAUUAAAUGAGUAACCUCGAUUUACUUAUGCAAUUGCUCAAUAGAGAUCUCUUAUUUUGAUUGUCCAAUUGAAAUCCUUUAUUGAAUGCUUCAAACAAAGCAAACUCAUUAACUUUGAGGUCUCCUAAUUGUAUGCCAGAAGAAAACAACUCAUACUUCAACAGUUUAAGCUUGAAAAAAUUGAAUUAAAAAGAUUGAAACGAAAAAAUUUAAUCAUUUUUGAAGACAAUGACAUCUCGCCUGAAUUCAAAAAGAGGAAAACUAAUGAUAAUCAUCUAUAAACUAAUCAAAUUUAUCAUUAUAACUUGUUGAAAAAAAUCAUAGGACAAGCCAAACUCAACAAAUAAAUUGUCUAUCAGAGAUUCUAGUUUUGUGUAAAUAGAGUGAUAGAUUAUAUAAGAUAGAUAGACACCACUCCACCAGAAGAUUGGAAGGAUUUAAAUGAAUAUCAAACCAUCACUAAAGUCAUCCCUUUAAAGCUAUUAUAGUAAAGAAAUUGCCUUUUUAGAUAAUAAAAUAGACAAUCUAACUUCUCUAUGUUAUCAUUCAAUAAGAAACUACGACUUUCUAAUUAUAUAUUAGUAAGAUAGUAGGAAAUUAAUAUACAACGAAAAAUUAUCCUAUUUAGUAAGAUGUAACGUGAAAGAUUCAAACCAUUAAAAUAGAUAUUUGAUAAAUAUGGGCGUAUAUUUGACAAUCAAUCUGAGUCUGACAUUCUCAAUUUUGAAAGUUCUUAUUCAUCAAAGAUUACAUUGUUGCAAUCCAAAUAUUGUUAAUGGUUCAAUGUAAAGUAACAUGAAGAGAUUAAAAUCAAUAAGAACAUUGUCAAUAACGUAAAAAAACUUAGUUAAGAUCUCUCAAAAAUAAAUGAUACUUGGCUAUAAGGAUCACUAAUUAAAUUUGACUUGCAUAAGUAUUUAAAUUAAAAUUGA